AUGUCAAACAUUGUGGGUAUCGAGUACAACCGUGUUACAAAUACAACUUCUACAGAUUUUCCUGGCUUUUCAAAGGAUGGGGAAAAUGAGUGGGAUGUGGAGAAGUUUAAGAAAGACUUCGAAGUUAAUAUUUCAUCUCUAGACGCCAGAGACGCUAAUUUUGACUUAAUCAACAUUGAUACAUCAAUCGCAAAUGCUUUCCGUCGUAUUAUGAUUUCAGAAGUUCCUGCCGUGGCCGCUGAAUACGUAUAUUUUUUUAAUAACACAUCUGUCAUUCAAGAUGAGGUCUUAGCUCAUAGAAUAGGUUUGGUCCCAUUAAAAGUUGACCCAGAUAUGCUUACUUGGGUUGACAGCAGUUUGCCUGAUGAUGAGAAAUUUACUGACGAGAAUACAGUUGUUUUGAGUUUGAAUGUAAAGUGCACGAGAAAUUUAGAUGCACCAAAGGAUUCUACAGAUCCAAAGCAACUAUAUAACAAUGCUCAUGUCUACGCGCGUGAUCUGAAGUUUGAACCUCAGGGUAGACAGUCUACCACUUUCGCUAAUUGUCCAGUUGUCCCAGCUGACCCUGAUAUUUUACUAGCUAAGCUAAGGCCUGGUCAAGAAAUUUCAUUGAAGGCACAUUGUAUUUUAGGUGUCGGUGGUGACCAUGCUAAAUUUUCUCCAGUUUCCACAGCCUCUUAUAGACUAUUGCCCCAGAUCRAUAUCCUGCAGCCAAUUAAAGGUGAAUCCGCCAGAAGAUUUGAAAAAUGUUUCCCACCGGGCGUCAUUGGUAUUGACGAAAGUUCGGAUGAAGCAUACGUCAAAGAUGCUAGAAAGGAUACAGUUUCUAGGGAGGUUUUGAGAUACGAAGAGUUUACUGAUAAAGUCAAAUUAGGAAGGGUGAGAAAUCAUUUUGUCUUUAAUGUAGAGAGUGCUGGUGCCAUGACACCAGAAGAGAUUUUCUUUAAAUCUGUUAGAAUUUUGAAAAAUAAAGCUGAGUAUUUGAAAAACUGUCCAAUCACUCAGUGA